AUGAACGGCGUCGCGGAUGGGUCGUGCGUGCUGCAGUUCGACGCGGCGACGGCGACGGAGUUCCUGCGGCUGCAGCGCGUGCUGAUGCGGCAGGACGCGAGCCGCGCCACGAACGCCGACACGCUGUCGUGGCUGUUCGACGCCGCCAAGGCGCGAAUCGACGAGCUGGCGUGGCGGGACGUCAAGCGCAUUCGAAUGACGACGGAUAUUCGUAAGCACGUUCACCGUCACAUCAGCGCAUUCACCGCCAAUGAGCCUACUGCUCUCGCAUUCAGCGGCCAGCAUCCCGAGUGGAGCAAGAGCGUGCUCUACCUCCUUCGUUUCCCGCAGCACCACCUCUCCCUCACAGCCAAUGAGCCAACUGCUCUCGCAUUCAGCCACCAGCAUCCCUCCCAAGUGGAGCAAGAGCGUGCUCUACCUCCUCCUGUGCUGCCAGCACCACCACCUCUCCCUCUCCGUGCCCUCCCUUGUCCUCCCUUUCCUGUGUUUUCCUUGCAGGCAAGCUCGCCCACCGCGCUCACAUUCAGCGAGCAGCGCCCCGAGUGGAGCAAGAGCGUGCUGUACCUCCUCCGGUGGCCGCACCACCACCUCUCCCUCACAGUUCCGUCUCCUCUAUUCCCUUGUGUUUUUCUGCAGGCAAACCAACCUACUGCCCUGACAAUCAGCCAGCAACACCCCGAGUGGAGCAAGAGCGUGCUCUACCUCCUCCGGUGGCCGCAGCACCAGCUCUCCCUCUCCUUCACCGCCCCUCCCCAACUCCGCUCUCUCUCGGCCCCCACAUCGCAUGCUCCCGCCGCAAGCUCUCCUCCCUCUCCCUCAAACUGCGCGGCACGGUGGGACCUCACCAGCCAAUGGGCCGACGCCACGUGGACGAAAUCCCUCCGCUCUCUCACCAUCAAGCACGUGGACUGGACCAGCGUGAACCUCGAAUUGCUCAAGCAAAGCACCCCGCAGCUUCUAGAAUUCACACUCUACGAAUCCCGUAGCCUGGCUUCCAACUCACCCCACGGGCCCCACGGAUCCCAUUAUGGCAACUACCACAGCCUCUCCUUCUCUUUCUACGUCGCCCGCGUCCUCCGCUUCCGCUUCCCCCACUGCGACCUCAAGCCCACCCUCACCAGCAUCGCCCCUCUCGAUCUCGACCACCUCUCACUCUACGGCCAGGAUCGUCUCGUCAUCACCUCCCUCCGCCUUGCAUCGUCGCGAGUGGCCUACCUCAACGGCCCUCCCAGCGAUGAGCUCUCCUACCUCUCAUCCUCCCCUUAUCUGCUCUACUCCCAGCAGCUGCCUCUAUACCUGCGGCAUAUUCCUCUUUUCCGGAGCAGAAACUCCUUUUCUUGGAGCACGUGGCUGCGUGCGAUUGCGCCUAAAGUGGAGGUGCUUAUAGUGAGGCACGGGGUGCCUAUAGAGAGGGUAAAGGCGGUGUGGCGGAGCCUGCGCAGCCUUGGGAUUGUCGUGGGCGGCAAGGUUUGUCAUGACCCGGACUGGGAGGCUGCGGUGGAUGGGUGCGAUGAGUACAGUGGCUGCGAGGAAGAGGGAGAUUAUAACGAGUAUGAGAGGGAUGUGCAGCAGCACCACCAGCAGCAGCACCUGCAGCUGCAGCAGCAGCAGCAACUCCAGCCAUUGCAGCAGCAGCAGUCAUUGCAGCAACCACUCCUGCCCCCAACCAUCAACGCUCCAAAUCUCAAAUCCAUUUUCUUCCCCACUCGCAGGCUCUAUGACUCACGCUCCCUCGCUCGCCUGCGCAUGAGCUUCCCCUCCCUGGCGCUCUUCUGUGUGAUUGAUCGCUCAUACUACUGGGAGCGGAAGGGGGUGAGGGUAAUGGGUGGGCCUGUGGUGCAUGAGAGGCAGGAGAAGAGUGGCGUGCUGCGGUGCCGCUUUGAUGAGAAGAAACGGGCGAAGAAUGUGAAGGAGAAGAUGCACAGUGUGAAUGGGGGGCUUGUGGAGGGGUAUAUCGGGGAGGAGGACGAGCGGCAUAUUUUGAAGUAUCAAGGGCGUUCGUAG